UAAGCUGACCGCCCAGCGCUCACUGCACAUCUUCCCUCAGAUCUCUCGACACACCACCAGAUCCGAACCACAAAUCCGCGCGUCGGCAAUGGCGGUGCGCGCGAGCCUCGCCUGCUUCCCCUCCGAGUCCGCGCUCCACGACACCUGCGGCAUGCCGUGGGGCGUCGCCGUCACACCCUUCUCCGCCGCCGACGAGCGCGGGUCCCCGCCGGCCACCGGCGACGAGGGUCACCUCCUCCCGCGCUGCGAGUCCUGCUUCGCCUACUUCACCAUCCUCUGCCCGCUCAGCCGCUGGUCGUGGACCUGCGCCAUCUGCUCCGCCGAGAACGACCUCCCCGCCGACGCCGCCGCGCGCUACGCCCGCGACGGCGGGCACGACCCGCCCGAGAUGCGCUCCGCGUUCGUAGACCUCCUCGUUCCAGGGGAGGAGGGCGACGUGGCGGCGACGACGCCGGUGUACGUGGCUGCUAUCGACUUGUCCUCUUCAGAGGAGUUUUUGGAGCUAGUCAAAAGUGCUCUUCUAGCAGCUCUUGAAGCUCUUUCGCCAGGAUCAUUAUUUGGACUUUUGACAUUUAGCAGCAAGAUUGGAUUAUAUGAUGUUCAAGGUCCAAUUCCUAUUGUGAAGAAUGUUUUUAUCCCUCCUGAUUCUGAUGGUGCCUUACAUGCCAACCUUGAAGAUGUCAUGCCACUUUGUUCAUUUUUGGCUCCUAUUGAUAGCUGCAAAGAUUGCAUUGCUGAAGCACUUGAAACAAUUAAACCGAUGUCUUCCUGGGAAGUAGCAGCAAACACAUCAGAAGAACAUGAUCAUGUAUUACAUCAGACCACCCGUGGCUUUGGUGUAGCAUUGGAUGCUCUUGUCAACUACCUAAGUUUAGAGUAUGGAAAUGCAUUCGAGCUUGCUAGGAUAUUUGCAUUUUUAUCCGGUCCACCGAAUUAUGGGGCUGGUCAACUAGAUACAACAAGCUAUGUGGACCGCAAUGCUGGUAAAUCUGGGGAUGCUGAUCAUAUAUUGCUUCAAGAGCAGACAAGUUUCUACAAAAAUCUGGCUACUAGUGCUGUUCAAGCAGGUGUCUGCGUGGACCUUUUUGCAAUUACAAAUGAAUACACUGAUCUUACAUCCCUGAAAGUUCUGAGUGUUGAGAGUGGUGGAUCAUUGUUUCUGUAUUCAAGUACAGAUGAAUCAACACUUCCACAAGAUAUAUACAAAAUGUUGAGCUGUCCAUACGCUUUUGGAUGUGUGAUGCGAUUGAGAACAUCGUCACAGUUCAAGAUUGCUAAUUCUUACGGCCAUUUCUUCUCAGAUCCUCAAUACAUGCAUGUUCAGCACAUAAAUUGUUGUGAUUCUUUUGCUACAUACAGUUAUGACUUUGAGUUUGAAAAGGAUUCUCGUUUUUCCAGUAAGUCGAGCCAUCCUAUUCUUCAAAUUGCAUUCAAGUACACAGUGCUUGUGCACCAUGGUGAUACAUCAGAUGUCUCAAAUUCUGGUAGCAGAUCUAAAUACUCAUUGCAAAGGAGGCUAAGAGUCCGGACUAUCCAGUACAACACAACUGCUAAUAUCUGGGACCUUUACGAUUUUGUUGAUCCAGAUGUUGUUUUGACAAUACUGGUACACCAGGUUAUUUUGGCUUCUUUAAGUGAUGAGCUAGAAGCAAGGCUGUUGCUCCAAGACUGGUUGGUGGUUGCCAUUGCUCAGUACAACAAGGCAUACAAGAACGUUAGAUCUGGAGGUGGUACUGAAAUUUAUGAUAUUGAUGUUGAUUUCACACACUGCUCACAACUGCAGCCUCUGUCACGGUUUGUAUAUGCUAUUCUAUUAAGCCCCCUGCUUCAAGUCAACAGUGAAGGUAUUCAUCCAGACUAUCGGACAUAUUUGCAAUGCCUCUUCAGUGCACUGGAGCCAGCUUCUCUUCGGCAGGCUAUUUGGCCUACCCUGAUUUCAUACUCCUCCCUUGAUGUAGAAGCAGAAGUGCAUCAAUCGCUAAGUCGUACUGUAUUUACCAGUGAGAGCCCAAUAUUUCUUCUUGACGCAUAUAUUGAUCUUCUGGUGUAUUACUCGCCUACUGCUGGUGCCACAAUCCCUUUUCCUCCUCCACGUGAUUGUCUACUAAGAUCAACAAUCGAUAGAUUAAAGCAAGAAAGGAAUAUAACACCCAAACUCAUUUUGAUUCAUGGAGCACAUGAUGACACUACAGCAUUGGAGAAAUACCUUAUUGAGGAUCAGAUCCUGGAUGCUUCCCAGUUAGCAAGCUCCACAGGUUUCAGUUCAUACCUUGACGAGGUUAGAAGCAAAGUAGCAGAGCAUGGCAUAUAAGGAUUCGUCUCACCUAUCUCAUGAAUGCAGUGUUUGUGAAUGCCGUUUGCCAGUUUUUACUGGAAAGCCAGGUGAAUUCUGGAUUUCCUGAACUAGGAUGCGCUACAAUGUCACAUGAACUGAUUGCAAGUGUGGAUUCUUGAGUAUGGUUGGAUUGUACUUAAGACUGGCAUUUCUAAUACUCAUUCGCUACAUGUUUGUACAUCGCUUCGAACACAUUUUCAUGACAUUUUCAGCGUUCACCAUUGUAAUGUACUGAUUUUUUUUCUCGGACAAUGCUACUUUCUAUUACUUUGUUCCUGUCGCUACCUCUGUUGUUAUGUUUGCUACCUGAUUCGGAGUUUC